AUGUUGGCCAUCAAUCAGCCGGGUGCCAACAUCGACAACCGAGGCACUUUUCCCUACUUCAUGAACGUCAACAAAGCUUGGCCCAGCACCAACGCCUUGCUGGGCUUCGCGACGGGGCGCUACGCCAUAGCUUCGGAGCAGAAGACCGACGCGGAGGUUCAGGCUGAUUUCAUGUCCCGGAUCCGGCAGCAGUUUCCCAACGCGCCGGAGCCCACGCAGUUCAAGCGAAACCCAGCUGAGCGGGAACCCAGUGGAGCAGCGAUGAAUUUGCGCUGCUGGGAGCACACCAGUCCACUCUUUGCGGCCACGGUUCAUGGCGCAUACCAGUCGGGUCAGCGUGCUGCGACGGACGUCAUCAAUGGCAUGCCGUCGGCCUCGGCUCUUUCGGCCUCCAAAGACUUGCCACUGGCGGUGUUGCUCAUGGCGUUGCUGUUGUCCUGGUGA